GCUAGAUGUUUUCUUAAACUGAAAUAUUCAACUUUAUUCUCAAGUCAAGCCAUAGAAGGAAGUUCUGAUUGCAUGUUUGUUCUUUUCUUUUAAUGGUUCCUGGCUGAAUCAAACAAUAUGUCUUUGUUUUUCUGCUUAGAUGGUUGGAUGAAAGGAGUGUCUUGAACUGAGUGGGAAAAACUGCUGUGUGCCCAGGAAGUUCUGAGGAUCAAAUCUUUGUUUGAAUGGUCCUGCCUCCAUCUGGGACGCUACUGCAAACCUUUCAGUGGAUGUUUCUGAUUUCCCAGCAGAAAGGAUGGCAUCCAUGCCAGAAAUCCAGAUAGAAGAAAUGCUAGAUAGUGUGGAUGAUAAGGCUGAAGGUGGUCCCCCGUUUGAUGAUCAUUUGAGGAAUUUGAAAGCCCUGACAGAGAAACUGAGGCUGGAGACAAGAAGGCCUUCAUAUUUGGAGUGGAAAGCUCAGCUGGAAGGACUGGCCUGGAAGAGCCAUCCCAAACCUCCUGAAGAGGACAUGGGGAGGCAAGAGAAGAAACCAACAGAGGAAAAUAUUUCUUUGAGAGAAGUGCAGGUUCAUAUCAAUGGAAGCUCUUCCAGACAGCCAAUUUUGCUUGUCCCGGAGAAAGUGUGUGGCUUUGGAAACAUCGAUGAAGCAUUAAAUUGGCUCCGGAAAGAGUUGAUGGAAAUGCGUCUCCAGGACCAGCAGCUGGCUCGGCAGCUCAUGCGCCUGCGCAGUGACAUCAACAAACUCAAGAUCGAGCAGACCUGCCACCUCCACCGGCGGAUGCUGAAUGAUGCCACCUAUGAGCUGGAAGAGAGGGACGAGCUCUCUGACCUCCUCUGCGAUUGCCCCCUCACAUCCUCCUUCAGCCUCUCCACCCCACUCAAGCUCAUUGGAGUGACAAAAAUGAACAUCAAUUCCCGCCGCUUCUCACUUUGUUAAAGUGGGAAGAAUGGGCACUGGAAGUGCACGGGAUGGGAGCUAUCUUCAAGACCUAGGAAAAGAAGCUCCCACUGUCUGGUUAGGAGAUAGGCACAACAAGGGAAAAGAGAGAGUAAAGGGGCUCUUCCUCUGAUUUAAUAGGAGUGGGCUGUGGUGCCAGUCAAGAUAGUGUCCAGAAGGAUUUGCAGACAAGUGGAGAAUAAGAACAUUGAGGCUCCCAAAUGACAGGAACUAGACCAUAUCAAAAUCUAACUCAUACAGGCAGAAGCAUCCCCUCUUUCAGUGAUUAGAACAAACUUAUCAUAAGCUAUGUGAUGACUUGGAGGCUCCCUAACUGAGAACAAUGCAGGAGAAAUAUAGUUGGAAACCAUGAGUAAAGUCUUUUGGCCCCAUUCAUGUUGCUGCAGGAAGAAAGACCACUCCACAGUGCAGGGGAGCUAGCCAGGAUGUUGAAAACUAGCCAGAAACCAUUAUGUACUAUCUAAAAAAGGAUUUCAGUUUAGUUUUUGUCAGUGGGAUGCAGAUAAUGUGUAGAUACAGUUGUUUAUAGAGAUUCUCCAGAGUCAUCCAGGUCAUUAUUGUCCCAAAGAUGCUGUUCAAAAGGCAACUAGACUUUCUUGGGUUUUUCCCUUGAAAAUGUUUUGCUUCUCAUCCAAGAAACUUCUUUAGAACUGAAGAAGCUUCUUGGAUGAGAAGCGAUACAUUUUCAAGGAAAAAGAAAACAAGAAAAUACAGUUGCCUUGUGUAGAUACAGUUGUUGGCUUGCUUCUAUGAACAACUAAGGUUUUCUUGUUGUGAGAUGUGAUUUUUAGAUCAGGGGUCUCCAACCUUGGCAACUUUACGACUUGUGGACUUCAACUCCCAGAAUUCCUCAGCCAGCAUGUGCAGGCUGAGGAAUUCUGGGAAUUGAAGUCUAUAAGUUGUAAACUUGCCAAGGUUGGAGAUCUCUGUUCUAGAUUGUGCUAACUUGGGACAAUUCUGUAUUAAGUUUAGGUGGCUAGUGUCCCAUGAUGCUGUUUCUCAGACCUUCAGAUUUCAGGAAGUUAGUAAUAGGGUUUUGCUGGUACUCAGUCCAGACUGGCCAUUGCAAGAUCUAAUCAGCUGUUCCUCCGAUUUUUUCUUUUCUCAAGUCUUAUAGUCUAAUAAGCUAGGUGAAAAUUAGGCCUUAAUAGAUAUCAUCCUCCUAGAAUUUGAUGAAGCCAAGCUGCUGACUUUCGAGUAUGUCAGUUAAAACUAUCAUCAAUAAGUGCAUACAUCAGGACAUUCCAGAAAGAGUGGACCAGAGAAAGCAAAUAAAUAAAUAAAUUAUA